AGUUGUGACAUUCCUGUUUUAUGUUUUCUUCAUUCACCGGUGGAGACCAAUUCGAUGCAAUAUUCUCAGAGUCCGAUGUAGACAUCUCUGCCCUAUCUACUGAGUCAACAGCUUCAGCACUAAAAUCCGCCUGUUUUCACUACUCUCGUAAAGCCUUCACGGAAGCCCUAGCUGUUCUCGAUCGAGUACCGGGUCCCUGGCCAGACCUGGUGGUCAUAGCUCGCUAUCUGACUCAGCUAGCGAUCGAGCCGAUCAACGCUGAUGAGUUUGUUGCUCCUUUGGUCGCCCUUCACCAGAAGGGCACAAGUCCCCUUGCCUCAUACUACCUAGCCCGGCACUACCAUGCUACCUGUCGUUAUAUAGAGGCAUUGACGAUCAUGAGAGAGGCCCUCGCUGCGGACCGUGUACUGUCAUCUCGAUAUCAGCAUCGCUUCGCUGAGCUCACGGCACUUUGUUUGACUGACCAGGCUUUGUGUAUUCCCGAUCCUGUGGUGGCUCGAAAGACUCUCUUGAACGCUGUUGAAGCCGAUCCGAACUGUUGUGCGGCCCUUUAUAACCUAGCGGUUAUCACCACUGAUCCUGUUGAAGCUUCUCAGCUUUACUUGAGGGUUCUCGAAAUUGACCCGAACCACGUUCAGGCGCUUAACAAUGUAGCUAUUUUACGAAGGGAAGUUGGUCAUGUUGAAGAUGCCAUUGUAGCGUUCCGACGGGCGCUCAAGUGCCUUAGGGACAGACACAGGGAUGCACUUUUGGCAAACGAUGGUACUUCUUCGGAGUUCAGUAGAAGUAUUGCGAUGAUAUCACGGGACCUGGCGCACACUCUGUUAUCGAAAGAAGAAGAGGAGGCAUGGCUUGAAGCGUAUCAGUUGGCUCCUGAUGACUAUAGAGUCUUUCAAGUGAAAGCUUCUAUGUUGCAUCGACAGGGCGAAUUCGCUAAGGAAUUGCCGACUCUUGGUACGGCGAUUGCUCUGGUGGAUGGGAAUGUUAAUAGCAGAGUUAAGGGAGCUCUGUGGGCAGCUAAAGCGGAGUGUUACCGACUUCUUGACGACUGGGCCGACUGCAAAACGGCUAUGGUGAAAGCGGUUGACCUCGAUCCGUCUAAUAAAGAAUACCUGCAUAGACUGGGGGCUAUAUAUGGAGUAGCUGGCCGAGAUCUUGAAAAAUCAGUGAACUUGUGCAAAAUUUCUGGCGAAGCGGAGGCGUUUAAUACUGCUGGUAUCUUUUUACGUGAUAUUGGACUAACACGAUCGGCCAUUGCCUCCUUUGAGGACUGCUUGAAAGCUGAGCCGGAUCACCGUCAUGCCUCACACAGUAGACUCAUGAGCCUCAACUACCUCCCUCAGAGGGAUGGCGGCUUAUGGGUGGCCAAGGAGCAUCGCAAGUGGGGGGAGUCUGUUGUGGCUCGGGUCGCUAAGGAAGUUGACAGCAAGACCAUUUUCAGCGCGGCUGUUAGUCGAAAGAAUCCCGCAGGCUCAGGCAAGAUCAGAAUCGGCUACGUGUCGCCUGAUUUACGAGGCCAUUCUGUGAGUUAUUUCGUGGAUGGUCUUUUCCGGUGCCAUAACCCAGCUAAGGUGGAGGUCUAUGCUUAUCACGACUCGGCAGUAAAUGAUGCAGUAACUCGGAGACUGCGGGGAUAUAUAGAAAGGCACUCUGAAUGGAAAUGGGUGGACGUGCACGAUAUGGACGAUCGUCAAUUGGCUCGGCAGAUUUGGGAGGAUCAUAUUGACGUUUUGGUCGACCUCGCGGGACACUCUGGUAACAACCGCCUUUUGGUCUUCGCAGUGAAGCCAGCGCCGUGUACUGUUACUUACAUUGGUUACCCUAAUACGACUGGCCUGCCCAAUAUGGACUUCCGAUUGGUUGAUGAGGUUACUGAUCCUAUAGAGUCUUCGGGCAACGGUUAUAGCGAACAGCUAGUCCGCUUGCCUCACUGUUUUCUGUGUUAUAUACCUCCUGAAAAUGUCCCCGAGUGUGUGUUGGAAGCCCCUCAACGACGCACUGGUGGGACUGCCACCUUCGGUAGUUUCAACACUUUAGCUAAACUGUCUGACGACACUGUACGGGUCUGGGCUCAAAUACUGCGAGAGGUUCCAAACUCGCGGUUGAUGCUGAAGUCGAAAGCCCUCGCUUCGACGGUCGCUGUGGAGAGGCUCAACCGGCUGUUCGCGGAGGAGGGUGUUCCGUCGACUCGGCUGGACUUGUUGGGAAUGACGCCAUCGACUUCAACUCAUUUGGGCAUGUACGGUGAAAUUGACGUUUGCCUGGACCCAUGGCCUUACGCUGGGACUACUACAAGUGCUGAAGCUAUGUUUAUGGGAGUGCCAGUGGUGACACUGGCACUGAAGGGUGCAUGCCAUUCACAAAGGGUUACUGCUAGCUUAGCAAGAGCGGUCGGUCGCGAUUAUGAGAUUGCUACUGUAGCGACUAGUGAAGAGGAGUACAUUGCGAAAGCCAAGAAGCUGGCUGAGAAUGUUGGCGAUCUCGAGAAGUGGCGGAGGGAACUUAGGCGAUUGAUGGCGGAAGGGCCACUGUGUGAUGCAAAGAAGCAUACGAUAGAAGUGGAGGAAGCUGUUGAGAAGAUGCUGGCGGAGACUCGGCAUUCUGAGGGGAGAGAGAAUAGGCCUGUGUAGUCUGCCAAACGUUUAUAGACUAGUUUCUAUCUUUGAC